AUGUCUCUCACCGAAAGCGAAGAGGACCAGUUGUCCGGCAGCGAUAGAGAAGAAGAAGAAGAAGAAGAAGAAGAUGACGACGAAGAUUUCGACGAGGACAUGGAAGCCAUAAGGCGUGCCUGUAUGCUCACCGGCACGAACCCCGACGACCUCAACCCCAACAACAACAACCAAGGCGGCGACGACCUCCGCCACUCCUCCGGUUCAGAGUCCAAAUCCGACUCCGACGAAGUCGACGAUGACAUUGAGUUGCUCCGGAAAAUAAGGAGUCGAUUCUCCAAUAUUUCCGAUUUUUGCGAGCCUCUGUCUCUGAAGCCUUUGAGUUCAUUGCCGCCUGCUGUCUCCGACGAGGAGGAGGACGAUUAUCAAACGCUUCUUUCCGUUCAGAAACGUUUCGCAGCCUACCAAAACGAUACUUGCAAACCAGUGAAGGAAACUUGCAAUGAAAUUGCUCAUGAAAGUUCUCAGGGUACUGAAGAUGCAUGUAUGGCCAUCCAUCCACUGAGUGACAAUGCUGAGGGACAGCCUUCCGCUUCGAUUGAGUUGCAACAAUCUGAUUCUUGCAGGCCAUCUACGUUGCCAGCCAAAUACUCAACCUUCCCAAAGUCUGCUCAGGUGUUUAUGGAUGCCAUUAAGAAGAAUAGGUCCAGUCAGAAAUUUCUCCGGAGUAAGUUGGUCCAAAUUGAAGCAAAAAUUGAGGAGAACAGAAAACUGAAGGAACGUGUCAAAAUCCUUAAAGACUUUCAAGUUUCUUGCAAAAAACGAACAGGGGAGGCAUUGUCCCAAAAGAAGGAUCCUCGUGUCCAGUUAAUUUUGGUGAACAGGCCAAGGAAGUUUAGGGAUUUAAAGGCUCAUGACAAAAAGAUCUCAGCUAUGUUUUAUGGCCCAGAAGAGAAUUCUCAUGUUGCUAACUACAGAAUGACAUUGACGAAAUUUCUGCAUUCAUUAGAUCGAAAAAAAUGGUCAAAGGCAGAAAAGAAAGCCCUUGAAAAGGGAAUAAGACAACAAUUUCAAGAAAUGGUGCUUCAGUUUUCUGUACAUGAAUCGAGUUGUUCUGAGAGACCUUAUGGGGACUCUAAUCAUAUCGAUGACAUUUUGGCUUCAAUCAAAGAUCUUGAAAUUACCCCAGAAAAAAUUAGAGAAUUCCUGCCUAAGGUUAACUGGGAGCAGUUGGCUUCCAUGUAUAUCGUUGGUCGUUCUGGUGGAGAAUGUGAAGCAAGGUGGUUGAACUGGGAGGAUCCUUUAAUUAAUCACAAAUCAUGGACUGUGAAGGAGGACAAGAAUCUUCUGCAUCUUGUCCAGGAGAAGGGGAUUGAUAAUUGGUUUAAUAUUGCAGUAUUGUUGGGGACAAACAGGACUCCGUUUCAGUGCUUGGCACGCUAUCAAAGGAGCCUAAAUGCUUCCAUACUGAAACGGGAGUGGACCAAAGAUGAGGAUGCAAGACUUCGCUCGGCUGUAGAAGCUUUGGGUGAAGGUGAUUGGCAGUCUGUAGCUUCUGCUUUGGAAGGACGAACUGGUUCCCAAUGCUCUAAUAGAUGGAAGAAAUCUCUUCAUCCAACCAGGAAAAGAGAAGGUAGGUGGACUCCAGAGGAAGACAAACGUCUGAAAGUGGCUCAAAUGCUCUUUGGCCCCAAAAAUUGGAAUAAAACAGCUCAAUUUGUGCCUGGUCGAACUCAGGCACAGUGUAGAGAUAGAUAUGUCAACUCUUUAGAACCUUCUUUGAAGUGGGGUGAAUGGACUGAAGAAGAGGACUCAAGAUUGAGAGAAGCCAUUGCAGAAUCUGGAUAUUGCUGGUCCAAAGUUGCUGCAUGUGUGCCUAGACGUACUGAUAAUAUGUGCUGGAGGAGAUGGAAGGUGUUAUUUCCAGAUGAAGUGUCCUUGCUCAAAGAAGAGAAAAGAAUAAGAAAGGCGGCUCUUAUGUGCAACUUUGUUGAUCGGGAGACAGAACGUCCAGCCCUUGGCCCUAAUGAUUUUCGUCCACCAAUUGUUACUUCAACCAAAACUUUAACUUAUUCUAGGAAGCAGAAAGGAAAAUUAAGCAAAGUUUCGAAGAAGAUUAGAUCCAGGAGGCAAAGAAACAAUAGUCAAAGUUGUUCCAAGGUAUCUGAGAUAGAUAAUUUUGAUAAGGUUGAGACAUGUGAUGGACAUGAUGCCUCAAAUACGAAGAAUAAAGUUCGUAAACAGCGACGCAUAAGGCACAAAGGUACUGAACCAACAGGAGAGUGUCAGGUUGUUGUAACUCUUCCUUGUGAGCAGGAUACACACAAAGAACCUAGGGAAAUGUCUUGUUCAGAUCAGAUUGUAGGAACAUCAGAUGGAGAUGAUACUACACUUGCUUGCUUUCUACGCAAUAAAUCAAAGAAGAGAAAUCUUGGGCCUGUCCCCUCAAUCAAUGGAAAAAAGAAGAGAAAGCUUGUAGCUUCGGAUUCUGCUGUUCAGGAGUGCCCCGCAAACAGUAUACAGAAGGGAUCUGAAGUGCAUCCUGAAAUGGAUGAAGUUUGCGAUGGAAAUCAAAUAGUCUCUUUCCGGAAAGAUGAAGAGUUUAUGGUCCAUUGUGAUGAUAGAAUUUCAGACAGAAUGCCACCUUGCAGUGUGCAGUCUAGUCAUUUGAAUGGUAACAUCAUGGCUAGUGACAAUGAGCCUGAUGGACUAAAGUUAGUCAGUGGGUGGAAGGCUGGCUUACAAGAACCUGUGAGGAAAGUGGUGGGCAUUGAUCCAGAAAGUGAUGGUGAUACUGAUGAUUUUGUUCUUGCUUCCUUGAGGAAAAAGAAAUUGAAGAAGAGGCACCCGCAAACUGCCAAAAGCGGUCCUCACGCUUGCCCUCCCUCGGGUGUAAUGACAAGAUCAGAGCCGCUUCCAAAAAGAGUAGAUCAGUCUAAUGAUCGAAGCCAAGUGCCCUUUGUGGCUGUUGGUAAUGAGCCUGGUGCAGUAGAUAUAGGAAAACAACAUGGGGUUGAUCAUUGUGAAACUGUGAAGGAAAUAGUGAACAUUGGCGCAGAAGGUGAUCAUGAGGCUGGUGAUACAACACUUGCUUGCUUUCUGCGAAAUAAAUCAAAUAAGAGGCAGCGUCAGUCUCGCAGAGGUGAUAACCAGAAGCCAAGGUGA